CUCCUCGACUGGUACCUCGACGAAGGCGCGCCGAAUGCGGCCGGCGGCAACUACCUCAGCACCUUCUUGCCGCCAAGUAUGAUCCUUGUGGUCGACUCGUUUCUGUUUGCGCGUCAAUGCGGCGCGCCGACGCUGCUUCGCAUGAAGAAGAAUUUGCUGCAACCAAAGCUACUUUUGUACCUUCCCGAAGCGCUCCUACUCGCGUCGGCCAGCCAGCCCACGAUCGCUCUAGACCCGUAUGUCGGCGUCCUCGUGGAGGCGAUUGAGAUGUUCAACGUCGACGAAGUAAGGCAUACGACGGUGGGAAUGACCAUCUUUGCGAACGUUCUGGACGUGAUGGACCGAGCGGGGCGCUGCGACGUGGUCCGAUUUGAAGCGAUCUGGACGCUCUUGUUUCCAGCGUCACUUGUCGGCACACGGCAGCUGCUCCAUCAACGGACGCUGCAGGACGAGGUGCGCGCUCGUAUUGCGACGCUUGUUCUGGCACUUGCGCCGACGCUGUCGGCCGAGCACCUCUCGCGGCCAAGGUACGGUGGCGCCUACACUUCGUGGGAGCAACCAGGGUUGCUGGCGGUCGAGGUGCUUGCGAUCGUCGACCCGACGCAAGUGCCGUCGCUUCUCCAGCGAUGGCUCGAGGCCAUGGACUGUGAGACGCUGGAAUCAUCAACGCUUGAAGACGACAACGGAUUUGUGAUUCCGAUGUCCACCUUUCGCGACCGAGGCCCGGCGCGGCAGACCCCGGCAAGACCAUCCACGCUUGGCGACGAAGACCACGAGUAUGCGCUACUUCCCGCUCGUCGUCGAGGCAGGGCGCGGGACCCGGCGCGGAAGCUCUACGUUCCUUUGGCCCAACUGCUCGCCAAAGUCGUGCCGCAGCACUUCGACGAGAUGGAGCGCAUUGCGCAGCGCUGCCUCGCUGUGAUCGGCGACGUUCGUAGCCGCCCAGUGCUACCCGACAUGACCGACUACGUCUUUGACGACAUUCAACUCGACGCGAGCCACUGCCAGCUCUGUCAGAUCUUGGUCGGCUUCUUGCACGACGGUACGCAAACCACGCUGGACGUGUCCGAGUGCAAGAAGCUGUGCGGUCCAGCGCGGCGCUGUCUCGACGCCAACCGGCAUCGCCUCGAGCUCUUUCGUGAUGGUCGCCGUCGGACGCUAUGCGAUGUAACCAAGCUGCAGCCGAAAGGCGGUGUGAGCGAGAGCCAGCUUUUCAAGCAUCUCGAGGCCCAGCGUCGAGACGCCGAGGAUCGAGCACGUGUCGUUGCCCUCGAGACGCUCUUGGCCGACGCCCAGCUACGCGUAGCGCACGACGGCGCCAACCGCGAUGACGAGGCGACCGAUCAACACCGCGUCAAGCGCCAGCGACGUACCACCGAGCGCUAAAGACGCUAAUUAUGGCAGUUGGAAAACAUGCUCGUUCCUCGACUGGUGGAGGCUUUCUUGUUGGUUGCACACAUCCAU